UGUUGAAAAUCCGAUUCGUUUUGUAAUAGCCUAGGUUUAAGCCAUGUGGGUAAAACGAAGAAAGCAAACCGUCUGAAAAUACAAACGAGCAAAAAGAAAAUGUCCACAAAAAUGGUAAAACAUUUUGAAAGUGUCGGUUCCUUAUUAGGGAAGAUACAAUAUUUAUUCCUUGUCUCCUGGGAUGGAAGCAGCUAGCUCGUCUAUUGUCCUCCAUCCAUUCCUCAGUGCUGAUGCUUAUUUUUCUAACUAUAUUAUCAGGGGACCACCGACGACAUCACAACAGAAAUACCCUGCAAGUACAAAAUCUGUGCGCCAGCCGGUGUGAUGGUACAGAGGGAAAACGCUCGUGUUCCACCAGCUAUCCGCGGCUCCGUGCAGGGACUUUUUCCACUUCUCUCGGUUUGGGGAUUUUAACGGAAAGCAUUUGUUCGAUCAGGAGGGGAAGCUGGUUAGCGGAGCAACACCAUGUCAGCCACGUUCCCCGGUUUGGUCCAUGAUGCCGAGAUACGUCAUGACGGGUCCAACAGUUACCGUCUGAUGCAGCUAGGUUGCCUUGAGAGCGUCGCCAACUCCUCCGUGGCUUAUAGCUCGUCCUCGCCGCUCACAGCCUACCCCGCGGCGGCUACAGAGUUCGCCUCGCCCUACUUCUCCACCAACCACCAGUACACCCCCCUGCACCACCAGUCCUUCCACUAUGACUUCCAGCACUCCCACCCAGCCGUGGGCCCAGAGGCGUACGGCCUCAACUCUCUCCACUCCGGGCAGUACUACCAGCAGAUUCACCAUGCGACCCAUGGAGACACAGACUUCAUCAACCUGCACAGCGCCCGUGCACUUAAGUCCUCGUGCCUGGACGAGCAGCAGCGGCGCGAGCUGGGCUGCUUGGACGCAUACCGGCGCCAUGACCUGUCUUUGAUGACGUCACACGGUGGGCAGUACGGCAUGCACCACGACCAGAGGCUGCUGCCUGCAGCCGGUCUGGGGCUCCCUCCCCCCGGGGCGGAUGACCUGCAGGGUUCCGUGGAGGCGCAGUGCGGGCUUGUGCUCAAUGGCCAAGGCGGCAUCAUCCGAAGAGGAGGUACCUGUGUGGUGAACCCUACAGAUCUGUUCUGCUCUGUCCCCGGCCGUCUGUCCCUCCUGAGCUCAACCUCCAAAUAUAAAGUCACCAUCGCUGAGGUGAAGAGACGCCUCUCGCCUCCAGAGUGUCUCAACGCCUCACUUCUGGGAGGAAUAUUACGCAGAGCUAAGUCUAAGAAUGGUGGUCGUUGUCUGAGGGAAAAGUUAGAUCGACUGGGAUCAACGCUCAGCUGGACGGAGAAAAGCUGCCAACGUUACACUCUCACCUCUCUGGUGGAAGGUGAGGCGCUCCACUGGGCUAGAGACUUUGGUUAUAGCAUUCUGAUCACCCAUGGAUUCGGGACUCCGGCAGUGUGUGCGGCUCUCAGCACCUUCCAGACCGUUCUAAGUGAGAUGCUCAACUUCCUGGAUAAACAUUCUGCCACCGGGAACCCUGGGAAAACCUCUGGUCAGGAGACGGACAAGACCGGAACUGUCCGGAAAACCAGCGAGCUGCUCAAUAAAGACGGCAAAGCUGAAAAGACAGAGUAG